UUCCCUCAACAAGAAUUAGAAGAGAGGAAGCAAGGAUAAGGAUAGCGUUUGAUCCACUUCAUUUACUUAUUCAUUCGUUCUUCAUUUCUUAUCCCUUUGAUCUUAUCAAUUUUCAGGUCCUCUUUUUUGUUUUUGCCAUUUUUGAAUGAUUGGGUUUUGUUGAGGAGGGAGAUCGAAUAUGUUGUCGUGGCACAACGGAGUCGGGAUCUCUAGGGCUUCCUCCCACGGAAGCGGCGUCACCGAUCGUACUGAUGUUAUCUCCGACGCUUCCUCGGUGGUUUCCGGAAAAGACGCCGUUUAUGGGGCCAAACAGGAGCCGGCUUCUUCCCUUGGUAUUGCGCCUCAUGAAGGCCAUGAUUCACUUGAAGAGUGGAAACUACAAACAAUCAUUGGAUCAUAGCAAUGCUGUUUAUGACCAAUACCCCUUCGGACAGAUAAUCUACUUCUUCUGGGUGCUAUUUAUUAUCAGUUGCAUGAUUAUGACAUGUGCAUUGCCAAAAAUGAAGAAGCCCUUCGAAUUGAGCCUCGUUUUGCUGAGUGUUAUGGAAACAUGGCAAAUGCUUGGAAGGAAAAAGGCGAUAUUGAUGUUGCCAUUCGGUACUAUAUGAUUGCAAUCGAGCUUCAACCUAACUUUGCUGAUGCAUGGUCAAAUUUAGCUAGUGCUUACAUGCUAAAGAGAAGAUUUAAUGAGGCUGCACAGUGUUGCAGUCAGGCUCUGCAAUUAAAUCCCAUUUCGUAUAUUUUGAUCUG